AUGGCAGGGCUCUGCUGGCUUCUUUGCUGCAUCUGCUGUUGCGUCGCCUGCUGCUUCCGUCAGAGCAUCGAGGCGGCAGUGGAUUGCAUCGAGGAAGCUUGCGAAGCUAUCCAGGAAAUGUCCUCCUUGCUCCUGGCACCCAUCCUGAAGGCACUCGCACGUGCCCUGGUCUUCGGCUUCCUCCUCUACGGCUUUUUUGCCCUCUUGUCCACAGCGCAGGUAUCCAAACCGGCAGAGGACGGCGGCCUGGUCUACA